CCACAAACCCUUAAACAUCCACGUAACUACAACCCUCAGCUUGUUACAGUUUGAAGGAGGAAUAUGUAUUUAACGUGAUCCCAGAUUUAAUCUGGUUUGAAAUAAAGCUUUAUCAUUUGAAUUAUUUCGUCGGAGAUGCUCGUCGUGUUUAAAACCCGAUAGUUUAAACUGUCAAAGCUACUGCUUCCACUGUGUGGUCUGCGUUAAACGUGUAAAAGUCCUGAUCAAGUGAACAUGGAUUUAGAACAUGCGUUAAUUUACAGAUGAACCUCAAAAGUCCUGAAGGAGACGAUUAAAGUGUUCCAGGGUUAGAGGUCUUGGUGCUAAGAAAUAUUUAAAACAACACAAGACUAGCAGGGCUUCAGUUAGCAUCUUGUGAUCAUAUAAACAGUGGAAUUAGCCAACAAAUUAUCAAAAUAUAUGACAAUUAGAUGUGUUCAGAGGAUCCAGAUUAAUCUAUAUAUAAAUUAUGAGAUUAAUCUAUUAGUAAUGUAUUCUGGAAAGGUAAUAAAUGCUCAUCACUAGUUACCACAGAGCCUAAACAAAUGCACCAGCAUAAUUACAGUAUAAAGAUAGCCAUGUUUAGGGUUGACUUAUGUUAUUAUACAGUUUGUUAAAUCAAGUCAGUUUUAUUUGCAUGAAUCACAACUUUGCUGUAAAAGGCUUUGCCAUUUGUACAACAUAUGACACCCUAUAUCUUAAUCGUUUUGUGAAUGUUUUAAACAUUAUUGUAUUUUGCCGAAGAUGUUUAGAGAUGCACGCUAUAAGCAGACUCACUUUCCCAUAACCACUGCACAGGUUGAUGCAUCUUAUUUGUUUUGUGCUUUACUAAUGGACGUAUUGGUGAACUGUCUCACUAGUUUCUCUGAAUAAGUGUAUACCUUUACUGUUUACUGGGUUGUGUAUCAAACAGCACCAUCAGAGGUCACAAGCGCAGCAGCUAAUAAGUUCUAAUGUAUUCUUAACUAUUGUACGUGAUAAGCUUUUGUGACCUACAACUGUUUAAUUUCACAUCUUCCAGUUCUUGGCAGCGCAUCCUGUUAGUGAAGUUGUAAUGGCAUCUGACACCAGUGAAGCGGCAUCCUCCCCUCCAGACCUCAAGCUGCAGUUUGCUCCCUUCAGCAGUGCUCUGGAGGCCGGCUUCUGGCAUCAGCUCACUCAGAAGAAACUCAACGACUACAGAUUGGACGAAAGCCCCAAAUCUAUUAAAGGGUAUUACUACAACGGCGACCCACUUGGUUUACCCACUCGCCUGACGUUGGAGUUCAGUGCAUUUGAAGUCGAUGCACCGACACCAGCCCGUUGCUGUCCAGCUACUGGAACGCUGUAUAACACCAACACCCUCGAUGCCUUUAAGACCACUGAUAAGAAGGCUCUGCUGGAGAAAGAGGCCAAGGAGAUAUGGGAUUCUAUACAGUCUGGAGCAGCAUUAAAGGACCCAUCCAUCCUCUGCAGAUUCAUUCUGCUGACUUUUGCAGAUUUGAAGAAGUACCAUUUCUACUACUGGUUCUGCUUCCCUGCACUCUGUUUCCCAGAGGGAAUAAAGAUCAUCCAACAGCCGUCUACACUAGAGCAAGUUUUCUCAGCAAAACAGAUCACAGCCUUGCAGGAGGCCUAUGACGUCCUUUGUAUCAAAAGAGGGACCACUGCUGAGCCUUACUUCCUAAUGAAGUACACAACUGACACCGUUCAGAUGGCUCCGCUCGAGGACUGGGACACGUUUAUCACUGACACAAAGAAGGUUACUGUGGGAGUCUAUGAUCCGUGUACUCUGUCUCAACAUCCGGGCUGGCCUCUGAGAAAUCUGCUGGUCCUCUUAGCCAACCAAUGGGGCUCUAAGCUGGACACAGUGGAGGUGCUGUGUUUCAGGGACCGAACUCUGCAAGGAAGCCGCUCCAUACAGCACGGUGUCAUCUUCCAGAUAAAACUGCCUGAGCUUCCCCUCAACUCAGCAUGUCCCAAGAGUGUAGGUUGGGAGAAGAACCCUAAAGGGGCCAUGGGACCCAGGAUGGUCAACCUCAGUGAAUGCAUGGACCCUAAAAGACUUGCAGAGUCAUCAGUGGACCUGAAUCUGAAGCUGAUGAGAUGGAGGCUGGUUCCUUCCCUGGACCUGGACAAGGUGGUCUCCACUAAGUGUCUUCUACUGGGAGCUGGGACUCUGGGCUGCAAUGUAGCCAGGACUCUGAUGGGAUGGGGAGUGAGACGCAUCACAUUUGUAGACAAUGCGAAGAUCUCGUACUCCAAUCCAGUUCGGCAGCCGCUCUAUGAGUUUGAAGACUGUCUAGGAGGAGGGAAGUUCAAAGCCAUGGCAGCUGUUGAUCGACUCACCAAAAUCUUUCCCGGUGUGAAUGCAGAGGGUCACAAUAUGAGCAUCCCCAUGCCCGGUCAUCCAGUGAAUUUCUCCGAGGCCACUCUUUCCCAGGCCCAGACGGAUGUCGAGCAGCUGGAGAAGCUCAUUUCAGAACACGAUGUGGUCUUCUUACUCAUGGACACGAGGGAGAGCCGCUGGCUGCCUACAGUGAUAGCUGCCAGCAAGAGGAAGCUGGUGGUUAACGCAGCUCUAGGCUUUGACACAUUUGUCGUGAUGCGCCACGGCCUGAAGACGGCCCCCGUCAGUCAGGGUGUUUCUGCAGCAGCAGACUCCUCCACUUCCUGUUCUUCUGCUUCCUCUUCGUCCUCCACAUCGGCCGGCACCGCGCCCUCUGUCCCAGCAUCCUCUCUGUUCUCCAACAUCCCAGGGCACAAGCUGGGCUGCUACUUCUGCAAUGAUGUCGUGGCACCAGGCGAUUCGACCAGGGAUCGGACUCUGGAUCAGCAGUGCACAGUGAGCAGACCAGGCCUGGCCAUGAUUGCUGGAGCCCUGGCUGUGGAGAUGAUGGUGUCCAUUCUGCAGCACAGUGAAGGAGGCUACGCAGUGGCAAGCAGCAGUGACGACAGAAUGAAUGAACCUCCCACCUCUCUGGGUCUAGUGCCACAUCAGAUCCGAGGCUUUCUUUCAAGGUUCGACAAUGUCCUGCCUGCAAGCAUGGCCUUCGACAAAUGCACUGCCUGCUCACCCAUUGUCCUGGACAACUAUGAGAGGGAAGGUUUCAACUUCCUGUCCAACGUCUUUAAUUCAUCCCACUCCUUCCUGGAGGACCUGACGGGGCUGACACUGUUGCACCAGGAGACUCAGGCUGCAGAGGUAAAUCACACUCUUAUACACCACAAACGGGUACAGACACACACACACACACACACAAAAGCCUUCCGCAGUCAGAGACAAAGGCCGCAGCGUCGACAUGUACAUUGAUAAAAGCACAAUGUCACACUUGAUGCAUGCACAAGUGUGAAGCUUUGGAGUUGGUGUUUGAUUUUUCUCUUAACCCAGUUUUACAAGAGAAAAAUCGUCUUCGUGUUUAUCUAUCUGGCAACUUUGUGUUUUAUACGGUCGGUUCAGGAGGUCAGAAGCUGCCGGCCUUGAGCUGGGAUACUGUGGAAGAAACGCUUUGAGCGACUUCUAAACCUGACCGAAUGUGCACUUUGUGAAGGAGGCGGAGGACUCGGGGGUGGAAUACCUGGCCAUCUUUCUUGGAAAGAUCCCUAAUAAAUAAUAAAAAAAAGCACUGCAGAGGAUGAAAUUUGCUCUGAGAUGUUGAAGGCUCUGGAGCAGAGGCUGUGCUGUGCCUUCUUGGGAGACUUUUAUGUAGGAAAUGUGGUUGCAUCAGAAUGUGGAAACUCACUCAUUGAGCAGGAGUAACGUUGUGUUGUGUGAAGGCUUAUGAUGGAGUUCUCUGGGUGUCUUCUAGGGGGUACUGUGAGAAUAUGGGACCAUAGCUAAACAGCAUUUGGUAUUUGUGUAACUGGAGUAAGUGAGUAUUUUAGGCAAUAAGUCAAGCACGUUCACAAGUGAGGGGAAGACAAAGAACGACAGGUGAAUCGGUGCAGCAUCUGCAAUGUACGUUAAGAGGUUUCAAUAUCCUGCCUCGCCUGGGAAUGUCUCAGGAGAAGUCAGACGUCAUGGCUGGGAAGAAGGACUUCUGGGUGUUCUUGCUUACCCUGCUGGAGCCGUGACCUGGACCCGAAUAAGGGACAGAAAAUGGAUGGCUAGAUAGAGCUUACCAUUGAGCUGAGAUUCAUCAGCUCCUCUUGUGGAAACUGAAGUUUCAUUCGUGAGAUUUGUUGAAUUAAAUGUUUUAAUAGGAGCUACGCUGUUUUAACUCAAAGGCAGAGAUAUUUUUGUCCCGUUGUAAUUAUUCUGUUGCCGUAGCAGCACACAGUUGAUGUCUACGGAGCAACGAGGGGCAAAACGUUCCAACAAACAUGCAGAAUACUUGGUGGUGGAAUAUGGGUGGUUUUCCUCAAGACUCCCCUCUUGACAUGAGGGAGGGAGGGGUUGGGUCUGGUCAUGCCGAGCUGUGGGAAAAUCCCACAUACUUUCUCCACAACUCCUACUCAUAACACACAGAUGGAGGAGGCUAGAAGAGAAAAAGCAAGGACGCACGACGGAAAGGAGGGAAAAGAGGAGUGUAGAUAAGAGAAAGGCAGUGGAGUUCGAAAAGACGAGGAGAAAAACAAAUGGAAAGCAAAAUAGGACAGGAGAUUAAAGAGAAAGAAAGUAGGAGCUGGCAAAGAAGAAUAUAUAUAUAUUUGUCCUUUUCACUCUCGUUCCCUGAUUCUCUCUAUCAAUCUUUACCUCAUUCUCUAUCAUUCUCUCUAUCGAUUGUUCCUUCCUUCUCUAUUCAACUCGCCCUCUCCCUUGAUGGAGUGUGUUGAAGUGUCUGGCUCAGGUCCCUUUCUCCUCAAUCAGAAGAUAGAGAGAUUGUUUUGAUUGCUCAGCCCACUAGCGCCGAAAGUCUUAGCGCCUGUUUCCUGUACACAGAUUAGCUACUCCAAAAACUACUGCACUUGGAGGACGUCCCUUCAAGUUUUUUUGUUUUUUUUCCUAUUCCAGGAAAGCGCAGAGGUUCUUCUCCCGCUCCUGAAAGCAUAUUAUUACUUAUUUCAUGCGGGAUCCCACUAGAAAGGGGCCUGUGGCUCAUUUCGGAUCUUGUCCCAUAUUUUAAGAAGUACCGACCCGAAAUAAUGAUAAUUCUCAAUGUAAAAAUGAGGGGUUUAAAGGGUCCUUGUGGGAUACCUUUUUAUGUAUUGGAGUUGUAUACAGCUAUGAGUCAUCAGUGGAUGAUGCUCAUGGCUUCCAGUGGCUUAUUUAAUGACUUGAUGCUUUAAGAAGGUUCUUCUUUAGAAGUUAGACAUACUGUAGGUCUGUGAUUUUAAGUGCGUCUGUCAGCCUAUCGUCUGAUUAGGAAACACAAAAGAAUUGGUUAUGUUUUACAAAAUGUUUGUGCGUGGAUUUUAGUGGAUUUAAAUGACUUUAUUUGCAUAUUAAGUUGUUAUUUUUACCCAUGCUCACGUCUUUCCCUAAAGCAUGGUGCUGAAUUCUUUACAGAUCGUGUGUAUCUGUGUGUGUCAUUGCAUGUUCAAGUGUGUGUAGCCAUUCUAAACUAUAAUCUACGUCACCAGAUAGCAGUACUAUGUACUUAUGGCCUAUUUUGGGCGAGUUUGUAACCUGAGAACUACUUCUUAUGCAGUCACCACAGCGUUUUAGGGGAGUUCAAGUUCGGUAAAAGUUUAGACUAACUGAAAGCGCGCGCGUGCGUGCGUGCGUGCGUGCGUGCGUGAGCAGAUCAGUGUGGAUGGCUUCUUUGUGAGAUCAGUCCGAUUGGGAUUUUAAACUUUGGCAGAGUGGAAAAUGUACUACGAGUCUGGCGUCUGGCAAAUUAGUUACAUGUAUUUUAAAGGUAAGUAUGCAACAUGUCAUGAGUGGUUAAGAAAGGCAAACAUGACAAACCAUUUUUAAAUAUUCAUGAUAUGAUCUGUCCUUGUACUGUGUUUUUCACCACUUUUACUCUACAAUUUGGUACGGCCAGUUUCCCGACAGCAGUCUUUGCAACUGUUGCAUCCACUGUCACUCCCCUCAGCCUCAGUAUACUUCAAACCAAGUGCGCGGCAGAUCGUCUGAUGGUGGAGAUACACCAAAUCUGUUGAUGUUUGUGAGGACGACUUGUCCUAUUUGUUUUCUCUGGAGAUCCAGUGGCGUGUUGAUGAUACGGAUCGGCGGGUUGACUGACCAUUCGCUGUUUUAUCUGAAUUUGACAAACAAAUUCAGAUAAAACCAUCAAAGUAGGCAGCGCUGAUCAAAUAUAAAUCAAGAUUCUGUGACUGCAUUGCGUAUCUCUCGCCUCAAAUCUUUUCAGGAACAUAUUCUACAAACAUAUUUUAUUGAGCCUUUUGCGUGCCACAUGUCUCGGCUUAUACGCGGUUUCUUUUCUUUACUUUACUUUUGACAAGUCAUGUUGUUGGUUAAAUGCAGUUAAGCAUUAUUAACAUUUACCAAAUGUCCCUUCAGUUCAACCAGGUCAGAUGGCACACAUUGGCCCUUCCAGAUCAGUCGCUAUUGCACGUUCAACGACGGGUUACCUGAACUGAACACAGUCCAUUUUGGUAAGCAUUUAAACAAAUGUUAAACCAGUGUAGAUACGUGUUAGCAUGUCAGAACAGGGUGUUGUGUUGGCUGGUUAGCCUUCCUGAAUCAACACACACACACAAAACACUCAAAGAGCCUGAGAGGAAAUGACAGUCUGUACAGGAUGUUGUUCAUCUCCUCUGACGCAUCCGUCUUUGGCUUGGCAGGUGAAAUUAUAUAAAAUAGCGUAUAUAUUCGUCCAUACAGGCACAGAAAGGGGUCAGGCGGAUCCUUAUUAUGUAAGAGGAUAGAGAUCAAAGGACAUGGAUUUUCUCCCUCCAAAAUCUGAGAGCCUUUUUUAUAUUAUUAGCAGAAUAUAAAAGGGCUAUGCACAGUAUGAAAACCUCCACAUACAAAUGAUGUGGUGCCUUUUCUUUAGUACAACUGUUAUACUCUCGUGAGCGAGUCUAUGAAACAUCCAGAAAUUGUAGUAAGAGAAAUGAUACAUUAUAAUCUUAAAUUGUUUAAGUUAAAAUACUACUUAGUGGCUCUGCAGUACCUCACAUUAAAUUAUAUACAAUCAUAGCUCAAGUUUUGUAUUUGUUGUUCCCAGUUAUUUUAGGAAGAAAACAAAACACUAAAAAAGUAUGUUCUUUUAGGAAGAAUAUAAAACAACCUUCAGAAAACCCCCUACCACUAAAAAAUGAUGUUUUUUUAAAUAAUUUAACAAUGAUAAUGGUGAAUUCUCAAGGUGCUUCACAUACAGUGAAAACAAUUAUAGGACAACGUUAGAACUAACCAAUAUAUAUGAAAGAAACAGUUAUAAGGGUUGAAGUCGGAUAGAUACAAUUAUAGACAAAGUUUCAAGUCCCAAGUUUUAAGUAAAUAAAAUGAGUCACUACCCAGUUGUACCCUGCUUGUACCAUCACGUGAUAUCAAAGGAAGCCCUCGGUCACUGGUCACUCUUCAUGUGACACAUUCCUUUCAUCAUUUUCAGUAAGCGAUCCUUCUGCUCGCGUGCGUGCGUGUGUUUCCGCACACACGAGUCUGCCUCACUGUGAAUGUCCCGUAUACAGAGAAUGCGUGACCCUCUCAGCACAAAGGGCCUUUCUGCACAGCUCUCGUUCCACGCCCUUCCACCUACGCCGACUGAGCGCUGCCAGUAAGUCACAAGAUGAAGACGUUUGCGUUGAACUUAGAAGAAGAAUGUGUCACUUGUCACACUAGUUUUUCCUUCUUUGGUUUGAUCUUGUGACAUGAGUUUUUUCACCAAUUACAUAUUCUGCAAAGUGAUUCACUUAAAAUUAUUAUUGUAAACUUAUACAAUGGGUGUCAAGCUCAUGACCAGAACCCCUUAUGUAGUUGACACCUGGUUUGGUCCCCAGUGCAGAACUGGGUCACACAGAGAGGGUGUAUAUUGUGGAUUUUACUUGUGGAGGGUGUAACCUGUCUUUGUUCAACAUCAUCAUCUCAAUGUUGCAUUUUGAAAUGAAAUCCUUGUUGAAUUACCUCAAUCCCUAAUUAAUAAUACGAGACCUUCCUGGAGGUUUCCAGGUCCAGGAGGUCCUUGGGGGUCUGGGCCCCCCAAUUUGUUUUGUCGAUGAUAAUCCAGAUAUCCAGGACAACUUUUCAUGAGAUCAGUGUCUUGCUCAAGAACAGUUCAAUAAGUGACAUUUACAGUUGGGAGUAUCGUGUACAUGGUGAGUUAGUUCCAGGGCAAUCUCUCCGCCAAUUAUAAGCUAAAUCUUUUUUUUUUUUUUACUAGGCUAUGCACUGAGUUGAACCACACUCUACUUCCAAGCAUGAUAAGUCUUGAUAAAAGAAAAUCCUGGGUCUUGACAAGCUCCUCUUUUUUUUUUUUUUUUUGCCUGACCACAGUACACAGAGGCAGCGUGCGGUAUAAUAUAGACAACUCUGUUACUUCAGAUCUGUGCGUUUGAUAGCAGUCUGUGCGCCAUCAGAGGCCACUAAUCAUCACCUUGAGUCAUGCUAAUGGCCCGAAGGAGCAGAGGUUACCCAUCCACCCACGCUCUGGUCUACGUACAACACUGUGCUGAUGAUAAAGUUGAUGUAGUUAUGUUGGCUCCUCAACCAGCAGCUUGGGAAACACACAAGUGGGAGCAUGUAUGCACACACACACACACACACACACAGUAUCACAGACUCUCGCCACACUUUCCCCUCCUUUCUCCUCCUCUCUCUCUUUCUCACCCCCACAUAAACAUACACUUGAGCGUCAGAGGGCCCCAUGGAUGUCAGAGCUUUAUCCAAACACAGCUACGGUUGCUACAUGCUGCAAUUAUUACCAGAUGGACUCAUGGAAACAUAUUAGGUCUGCUUUUUCAUUAGCACACUGCACACGCUCCGGUGAGAGAGAGAAUGAGAGACAUUUCAAAAAGUUGUAUCCGUUACAAAUUUCAAAUCAGGCGCAAUUGACCCUAUUCAACCCUUGUCCCUGAAUGGUUGUAUAUUUCAAGUUCCAUUUUCUUCCAUUUAUUUCACAUUUUCAAAACAUCCAGUUUAAUGUCUGUUUGUAUCAAAGUCACACCCUUUUAUUCUUUGCAAUCUUACACUCAAGAGUGUUUUAAAAAGUUCUAUUAAAUCAAAUGUGAUGACAGAAUAUGGUCCAGCCCUCCCACCCGGUUACAUGUAUUACAGAUACUGCAAAAAAAAGUUUAUUAGUUAGUUGACCAACAGAAAUAGUUGAUAAUUCAUUUAUUUUAUUUUUAUUUAUUCAGGCCACUUAUAAAGGCAAAAUGUUCAUGUUUCAAAGUCAAUAUUAGGACUCCAUGCGUUUCUCUGUGUUAUAUCAAUUAAAUGAAUACAUGAAUAUCUACGAUUGCUUUGAUAAAACAAUAAAUAUAAUGUCCCCUUGGAAACGAAUGUUUCAUUUAGUUACAUUAUGAUGUGUUCAAGCUCCAUUCAGUAAAAAUGAGUACAAGGCGAAGGUACAUUAUGACAUUAUAAUGAUGUGUUCAAAUGUAAUCUUGUCUUUAGGCGAGGAAUAUGAGGCUGAUCAUCAGAGAUUAAUGAUAAAUUGAAUUCACAUAAAAACAGUAUGCAAACGAUAAUAAAGGGGUGUAUGUUGACAUACAUGGAUUUAUUCUUCUGUUUAGUUUUCUUACCUCGGUAUCUAAUGGGUAUGGAGACUUGUGGAGUUUCACUAGUAUUGGUAUUGACCACUACAUUUCUGGUAUCCCUAUUAAUGACAAACGUAAAGUACACAAACACACACUUAUGCCAGUGUCAUCAUGUAUCUCUGGUACUAAUCAUGUGUGUAUUAAUGUCCCAUAUGUAUGCCAGCUAUGCCUGCCUGACAUCUAUUGCACUGCUAAUUAUAAAUGUGUAGUCUAAUUUUAGGGAUGUAUGUCAGCUAUGUAAACACCCAUCACACCUCCUAUGCUUCCUCUCUGUACAGAGUCUCUCUCUCUCUCUCUCUCUCUCCUUCUGGAGUGCUGUCUCUCUCACACAUGCACACACAUGUUCAGUGCUAUAGUUGGUCUAAAUCUCCACAGUUCUUUACGGGAUAAAUUCAGAAGCUUUAAGUCAGUCUGUGGCUUGACUUUUAAUCUUGCUUGCUCACCUUUCUAACCUUUUUCUCCCUUACGGAUGUGAGUAUAUUUGGUACUGAAGAUUCCUGUUGUAUUGAUGAAUAAUUAUUUACCUGACAACUGUCCUGACUCUUGAGUCCACUGCGUUUAACUACCCUCUCAUGGUGCCCUCCCAGGUUACAAAUUAUGGUUUUGGAGACAUUUUCUGUGAAAUAUGUAUCCGAUUCUGUAUUUACUACACAGUGCAUAUUGGUAGUCAUAGUAGAUGCUAUCAUUUUUCAUGAACAGUAACUUUCUUUUGUGCAGUCCAGCAUCAGAGUGUCCACCCAAACUACAUGUACACAAACUUUAUUGCAUCUGUUCACUGUCAUAUAAGAAUCCCAUAUAGUUUAAAUAGCUUCUGGAUUAUGGUGGGGAAUGAUAGUCUGUUAAAUAACACACAUCCUGUGUCAGGGCACAUUUGCAUCCAGCACUUUGGUCAGGUGGGUCAGCUAUGUCAUCAUUCCUUUAAUACCCCCCCCCCCCCCCCCCUCCUUUCUGUUUCUGCAGCUGAGGUAAUAUGAGUUGAGCAUAGCUGCUCAGUGUUCCCCUUAUGAGAAGGUGCUAUCUCAAGCAGAAUACCAGUCAAAUAUAAAUACCCAGGAUACAUACAGAACAUAUUAAAAAAUAACUCCUAUUAAAUAUACAGUUCUUAGUAAUUUUGUCACCAUAAGAAGCCAAAAACUAUGUGUAACUCUCUUUUGGGCUGUUAUAUUUAAUACUUUUCCAUAUGGUAUGUAACGUAGAUUAUAUAGAUGAAGAGGGUAUAGUGUGAAAUAUAGCAGGUGAUAAGAUGUGAACCUCUUUGGCCUGCACAUUACUCCACUGCUGAGGGAUACUGCUUUGGUGGGCUGUAUAUUAAUACUACACUCGUACACAGGGCUGGAGCCGGUGAGGAGGUGGACUGUAGGUGGGGGGCAAAGUGGAUGCAUGGCACCCAGGACAGCUGUCUCGCUUCUUGAGCCCAAAGGGGCCCAUUCAGAAUUAACAAUCAUUAAUCUUAGGAGAGUUAUUUUCACAAGUCAUAAAUAGGACCCAUAAAGCCAACUUUUCCUUCACUAUGUGGGAAAACUUAGAGCGGCCCUGCUCCUAUAAGGGGUCGCUCCUCCCCGGCGCCAGUCGGUCCACAGUGAUGCCUUCUUCUGGCCUGGCAGCUGGCUGUGUGCAUGGACGGACAGACAGACGAACAGACAGAGUAGUAGUCUAGUCGUCCCUGUUUAGCUGCUACUCUUCUUCCUCUUCGGUAGCUUUUAACGACUAUUUCUGUAUCUGUAUCGGCUUUGCACUUUUAAAGUGGGCUUUCACUCACUCACUCACUCACUCACUCACUCACGCACUCACUCACACAUCAUACGGAAUGUUUUGCUACUGUUCUUUAACAUGGGCAUUAUGAUAUAUGAGAUCAACAGAUAAACAUUGCCACAUCGCCACCUCUAUUUUGAAAAAUAAUAUGUUUGUCUCGUUUCAAUUAGGCCUUCACACAGGGUCACGUUUACCUUGUUAACAAAAACAGCCCCUUUCAAAGACUCACUAAUAUCCCAGAUUUUCUCAGUAAACAUUUAUCUGAUAGUGAGAGCCCAUGGAUGUUGUUUUCUGUUGUCACCAUUUCUUGUUCUUAGCUUGGCUUUGAAGUGCAGAAAACAACAAAAUCAUUCACUCUUUUGGAAACGGGGAGAAUAAGACAAAAAUCCUAUUUUGUUGUUGUUUGCCUAUAGCUACCUGUUUCUCAUGACUUACUGGGUGUUCAGCCAAAACAAAACAAAAAUGCAUGUUGUUGAGGGAAAGGUGUUUACAGGAAUGAAGUGUGAUCCAGGGAGCCCAGUUUCAGAAACGGAUCACUUUUUUAAGGCUAAUCAGGUUCCGAAACACCAGACAACCGUUUUUGCAACAAGCUGACAAUCAUUUUAUUAUUUAUCUCAAUAAAUAAUACAAAUAAAACGGGUAAAAUGUUAGAAAUACAGUGUUCAUGUUUCAAAGUAGUCGACCUGAAAUGUGCACUUGCACACAUGAAAUUGUCCAUUACACAUAGGGUGGAAUUUAAUCCUCUAGGAUACAAUUUAAUGACUGAAAAAAAGUUAGUUAAGAUAGUUCAAAGAGACCAAUGCUGAAUUUGAAGCAUGUUUACCUGCCUGACUUCAUUGUGGAGCUUAAAUGUGGCGCCUGCAUCCCUCUGUACAGUUGGGGAGUUGAUGAGUCAUUAAAUUGAAAUCUCAGGACCGUGUCCUGUUAAUGCUCUAUUGUUGCCUCCAAACUAAUGCAAACUAACAUUCACUUGUUUUAUGUAAGUCAGCUGAGCACAUGCAGUAAGUGAUGGCCGAGGACCCCACUCAGCAGCCUAAAUAUAAAGUAACACAAUGGUACCUCACUCUUCACUAGUUGUGACUGUUUAAGACAAUCUAUCGCAGCUACUUCAUCUUAAAAUGCCUUUCCUUUUAAUAAUGGAUAAAUAAACACAAGCAUCUAAAUAUGCAAAAUAAGUAAGUAUUUAUAUGAUUCUUGUCUGAGUGCAGGGCUGUUUAUUCCUCUGAUUCUGGUUCUUUGAUCCAGAAACAUUCUCCAGCUGCAUCAAAGACUGAGAUGUGUGUGUGUGUGUGUGUGUGUGUGUGUGUGUGUGUGUGUGUGGGUGUGKGUGUGUGGGUGUGUGGGUGUGUCAGUGCGUGCAUGCAUGCGCAUGUCUGAUUCUUGUAAAUCCUGAUUCUAGCCUUCCUGGCUAGUCGCAGGUAAUCUGCCCUGGAGCUCUCUGGCCUGAAAAGGAAAUACACACACACACUCACACACUCACACUCUCACACAUUUAUGUACAUCUGGCCACAAUGCCGGUUCUUAUCUUUUUCCCCUGAUGCUGUUCUGUCCAGCACAUGGAAGACGGUGAUAGUAUCAAGCCUCUGGUUCAGAUAAUUACUCACACAGACACGCAAACAGAAAUAAUAUCUGUACAUGUACGCACACACGUGUGUGUGUGUGUGUGUGUGUGUGUGUGUGUGUGUGUGUGUGUCUGUGCCCCCAUUAUUCUGAUUAACUACACUUUUGUUCUUGAACAAACGUUUGUGACUGGCAUCAUUUCCUCUGGCCUAAUUUUAAUUUAAAAACUGAAUCACUGUAGUGACUCAUUUAAAUUAAGCUAAAACAAAACAUGUUAUUAUUAUUGACUAUUCACAAACAUCUGUGUGUAGCCACAUGAGCGUCAUGGCUCCCAAGUCCAAAAGCUGAUGACUGUGUGCUUUGAAAACAUUUUUGGUUUAUUCGAUCAAGAAUUCGAUUGUCAAAAAUGAUCCGUCACAGUUUUAAUGUUCAUGUGUUAAAAAAAAGUUUGCUUUGUUUUGUAAAUAAAGAAGUUGUUGUGAGUGAUUGAUUCUCAGAGUGAAGACGUCUUUAUAAUGAAAGACUGUGACUGCCUGGUGCUCUUAGCAUCAGAUCAAAAGAUUGCCUCCACUGUGGUUUACUAGGCACUUUACUGUCUUGAUCUGUGUGUGUGUGUGUGUGUGUGUGCGUGUCAGGGCUUGUUGCUUCAUGAAGAUUGUUGAUUCAUUUUAAUAUGAUUUGUAAGUUGUCCUGAUUCGAACUGAGGUCUUCUAAAACAACAGGAAAAAAACAAAGCGGGAAACUGUUUUAAUUUCAUGUUUAUUCCCCUGAAGGUUUCUUUACAUGUGUGCGAGUGUAUGCGUGUGUGUGUUUGUAUGUGUGUGUGUGCAUGCAUGCCUACGUGCGUGCAUGUGUUUUAUGUGUGCUCAUGUGGCCCGACUAGUGUUUGAUUGCUCUUCUGACCACACGUGAGUUGGCUUUGACUCACAGUUAAUUAAACCUAGGGCAGGUCUGAACUGGCAACACACACACACACACACACACACACACACACACACAGCCUCUGAAGUUGAUCUGUUAUUGCCAUUUGGUUAGUUGCACGCUCAAAACAGUUCAUUAGGUAGAGUUUAUACUGGUUGCGCACACACACACACACACACACACACACACACAGUGUAAUGCCUCUCCAGAGGGAACUGAACUAAAUGGAGGCGUCACACUGUUAAGAACCUUUAUUUUAACCUUUACAGCAAUUGUGAUGCGAAUUAUCGUCAUAAACAAGAGAAGAUGAUUGAAAACAUUUUCCAUCAUUCCUUCAUUCUUGUGUUAUUUGAAAAAAGGAUUCAAAGCUGCAUGUCUGCACUAUGUUUCAGCAUUUUGAUAAUUUUGUGUUUUAAGAAUGAGAAACUUUAUUUUGUGUUAUGAAACACUUUUAUGACUCGUGUGACGUAUGACUGAAAAUGUGUUGAUGACCUUCUCUAGCAUACAGGAAAUGUGUCAGAGGGAAAUAGGGGCCACAGCGGGAGAGAGGAAGAGGGAGGAUGGGGACUGACAGAUUAAGUGAGAGAUUAAACAGAAAAGCAGAACGAGAGAAUCCAAACCUUUGAGAGAGAAGAAGAGUGUUGAUGUAAGACAGUUUAAGAGCAAUGCCUGAAAUACGAGGGAUUCAUUCUAAUAUAAUCCGUGAAGAGUUCAGAUAAGAGUACCUAGAAAUGACAGCAAUGCUGAGUGAGCAAAAACAAAAAAGUUUUAACAUUUAAGAACAAGCUAAGGAUACGGAGGGAGAGCUGUCCUGAAAAAGAGGGUGAGCAGUCAGUCUGGGUCUCAGGAGAAACAACAGGACCCAGCUGUUGCUCUGCAGGCCACCACACCCAGCCGAGAGAGACUCUGUUUGUUGUUGUAGCUGGCCUUUAUGACUCUGAGAGGGAGAACGGGGAGGUGGUGGUGGUAGCAGAGUCCUAGAGUAAAGUUCCCUGAAAGUAUAUGACGAGCGUCCUUUAUUAUGAAAUGUGAAUGAGAAAAGACGGGAGGAUGACGCAUCACUUCCUGGUUUGGUGUGUCUCUGUUAUGAGGUUUGAUUGCAAGGUUUGCUAUCUGGGUCGAGUGCCGGUGCUUUGUUUGAUUACCCUGAGACUCGGGAGUUUAUGAAAACGCAGCCGGGGGACGUGACCUCAGCUGGGACCUACACACUAACUCUGUUCCCACCAGGGCUCCUCCAAACCGGCUCUUUCCUCUUUCGUCAAACCACCUUCACUCCCACCCAUGUUAUCCUUCACUUUCCCUAUGACGCCUCUCCUCUACGCAUGUCUUGCACGUUUCUACAGUAGCCCUGAAUGGACAAACCAAACACUGUGUCAAGAUCGGGCCGUUCGCUUUUUUGCGUUUUCGUGUCGGCUGCUGUACUUCUACUUGCUUGGCUCACGGGAGAAGUAUCAGUUUGUUGCAAUCUGCAACUCUAGAUGCCUCCAGAUUCUACACACUAAACCUUUAAAUAUAUCUUUCUGUUGGUUUAUCCCUUCAAGGGAUUCUUCGGAAACUUCCCCCGACUCCUUUCCCACAUGAGAUUAGAGGAGGAUGUGUUCAGAAAUUUCUGUAACUUUCUUCUUCUUGGGUGUGGGUCUAGUUGGUCAGUUUGGUGUCAAACCCAGAGGACAGGACAUGUGCUGCUGAGACUGCAGGUUAGUUAGUUGGUGACCCUCCUCUUCCUGUUUCCACCCAUCUCCUCUUCCUUUUCCGGUCUCAGUGAAUACAAUGUGUCCUCAUGCACACUCGCACACACAUACACACAUACACAUCCGCACAAACGCAUGGACUAAUCCAACCCCUGAGAGCCGUAGGCCUGGAACAAAGAGGACACGAGAGAGAACGCAGCGGAUCGCUGCAGGAAAUGGAAGAGGAGAAAAUCAUAAUUCAACAGGAGGGGGGAAAAAAGCUACCUUAAUCUGUGUGAUCUCAGUCCAGAUAUACUGUAGUACGAGGGAGACAUUCGAUGUCGAAAAGGUUUAGAUUUGAAAAAGAAGCUAAACUUUACGGCUAUGUUACGUAGAGGUUUGAGUUAUUCAGGCCUUGAGUUGUCCAACUCAGAUUACAAUGUUUUUUGGCAGGAAUAAGAACAUAAAAUGCAAUUUUAGGCUCCACAGGAUCACUUGUAUAGUAGUUUGACUGCAGAGAAAAUAUAGACACUGCUCUUCAGCGAGGCCACUCAUUACGAUUGUUGAACCAAUCGUAUAGUGGUUAUGUUUUGGGCGGCUGAUUGGACCAAGAACGACGGAGUAUUUCCUUAAAUUUCAAAUUGUUGCUUGACAAUACAUGCGCCCCAGACUGACUGUCAAGAAUCUAAAAUCUGUGUGUGUUGGUGGAAAUAGUUUUUUGCGUGUGGGAUGUUUAGACUUAAACAAUCUCAAGUGCUGUAAUCUGUUUUAGGUGACGACCUCAAUUUCCAAAUCGGACAAAAGUAGAGCUUUGAAUCUGGAUCUCACACAGUCCCAACAUCUUGUAUUCACUGACGCAUCUGGAACUACUUUAUCAAACGAGUGUUUUUACUGCCAAGCAAUAUUAGCCAAAGCUCUGCUUAUUGUGUGGAAUUGUAUAUGCUGCCUGGAGACAUUACUUUAUUAAACAAGGCAUUAGAAGCUUUAGAGUCCUUUAGUAGCAUGUUUUUACUAUUGGAUGGCUUCGGAUAGCCUGAAGUGGCAAUGAGUAGAAAAUAAAGGCCUGAAAAAGCAGCAAACAGAGCACAUGAGGGCCCUUCUCCCAAUGGGAAUAUUUGACAGAUUAGUCAUAUCGUGGAUGAAAAAGUUGGAUGAAAUAAACCACAAGUUGUGGUAGUCAUCAAAAACAGUAAGGAAAAGUCAAAUUGAUGUCUUUAGUGGGAUUUCCACAAAGGGAAAAAAAGUGCUCGUGAUUUAUGAAAGCCCAUCGCCCCUGAUCUGCUUCUGGAAGAAAUUGCAUUGAAUCAAAUGAAGUUGCAUCAGUUUGGUCGUGCUCUAUUGUGGACUCCAUCUCUAAAGAGCAGUGUUUAUGUUAGGAUUACAUAACAUAACAUAAACUCCCACAUGCAACACUUAUUGCAAAGGGUUGCAAUAAAGCUGGUUGAUCCACCAUUCGUGUGCUCUGGUAGAGUAGUUUUGCAUCUUGACGUCUUCUUAUUUUAAUUUGAUCCUAUUUGUAUUUCACUGUACCGUGCCCUUCCCUUUACUGCAGUGAACUACACAUCUCACACAUAAGAUUAGCAUCUGCUAUUUUAAUCUGCCUAUUCUACCGCCUGAUUUAUUUGGGAUUAAAGGCUUGUGUUCAUUGUUAUGAGUUAUGAGCAAGACACAUUUACAACUUCAUUUUCAAAAAAAAAAAAAAGCUCAAUUUACAUCAACCCCGCCCAACCUCAGGCAGACUGGAUGUGGCUAAAUGUAAGAAACUAAGUCAAGUGCCUGCACAGUACAAGUGUGAAUAUAUGGCAAACCUUCCCCGUUGUACUUAUGCAACUAAAAUAUGACCCAUAGCAUCCAGCUGUCACAUGGCGACAUGCUUUUAGAGAUCAUUUUGAAACCCUAAAUACACGAAUGCUCCGUGCUUAUUUUUGCAACACAAAGACGGACAAGUGACAAAUUAAAGGGAGAGAGA